CUGCAGGCGGAGGGCCGGGGGCUGGCGGGCGUCUCCUCUACGGGAACCGCCCGUGCCUGACAUCACCAGGCGCCUCCGUGCGAACACAAUGGAGGCUCCCAGCAGGACCACCACCAGCCCAACCCGCAGGGUGCAGACCAUCAUCCAGAACAGCCCCCUGGACCUGAUAGACACAGGCAAAGGGCUGAAGGUGCAGACAGAGAAGCCGCAUUUGGUGAGCCUGGGCAGCGGCCGCCUCAGCACUGCUAUCACACUGCUGCCGCUGGAGGAAGGGAGGACCACAAUUGGCACGGCUGCAAAGGACAUCGUCCUGCAGGGCCCUGGCCUGGCACCCGAGCACUGCUACAUCGAGAACGUGCGAGGGACGCUCACCCUGCACCCCUGCAACAAUGCCUGCACCAUCGACGGUGUGAUGAUCCAGCGGCCCACACGCCUCACUCAAGGGUGCACCAUCUGCCUGGGCCAGGCGACCUUCCUCCGCUUCAACCACCCCGCUGAAGCCAAGUGGAUGAAGAGCAUGAUCCCAGCAGGAGGAAGGAGCCCCGCGGCUCUUUAUGGACUGCCAGCAAAGCCCGAAGCCCUGGUGAAUGGCAGCCGCCAGCUGCCGGCACGGGAGCCCAGCCACAACUCCCUGGUGAGCUCCAUCGAGAAGGACUUGCAGGACAUCAUGGACUCGCUGGUGCUGGAGGAUCCGGCGUCCCCCAGCAAGAAGCCGCCGUCCCGCGGGCAGUCCCCGCUCUGCGCCAUGGUGAACGGGGGUGGGCGCUGCCUCCUGUCCCCUCCGCUGAGCCCCGGUGCCGCCUCGGGGGGCUCCAGCUACGAGAACGCCUCGCCGCCCUUCUCCCCGCUCUCCUCGCCCGCCAGCAGCGGCGGCUACACGAGCCACUCGCCCAGCAGCCAGGAGCAGGGCCCGGCCGUGCCCCCCGUCGUGCCGCUCCGCUCCUCCAGCUACAACCACGCCGUGCAGCCCCCCCCCCAGCGCCCACCACCGCCACCCUACGGGGGCCCCAAUGACACUCGGUCGGCGGAGAGCCCCCGCGCCUGGCGGGGUGCCCUGGACAGCCCGGCGGUCCCACACCCACUCCAGGAGCACAGGGCGGGCAGUCCUCGUUCCCAGCCGCCCGGCAGUCCCCGGGCUGCCCCCCGGACAUUGGGCUCCUCGGUGCCGCGGGUUCGGGCAGCCCUGCAGGAGCGGCCGCCCAGCCCUUUCCGAGAGCCGAGGGACCCUCCCGCUCCCGGCCGGCAGCCCGCACCCAGGCUUCUCCCGGACGCCGUGGGACCGGCGCACGGCAGCCAGAGUGGCCGUGGGCUGCAGCCCCCCGAGAGCCCGCGGGCUGCCCGGAGGAACGUGGAGAGCAUGCGGGAGCUGCCGCCCCUCAGCCCGUCCUUAUCGCGCCGAGCCGCCAGCCCCCGGGCGGCCCUGGAUGCCCCGUCCCCUCAGCCCCGGCUGGGCAGGGAGGUCCCUGGAAGCCCCCGAACCAGGCGCAAGGGCCACGAGGAGCCGAGCCCCGCGGGCGGGAGGAGCAGCAGGGCCGGGAGCCCCUCGUCCCCGCUGUCGACGGAGCCGUCCGCACGCCGGCCCAGCUUCAGCUCCUGCCUCAGCCCCGCACACAGCCUGAGCUCCCUGGCCGUGCCUUCGCCCAGGCAGAGCCCCCGCGCCCAGAGGAAGCUGUCGGGGGACAUGCGGCUGCCGGCGGGCGUGCGGGAGCGUAAGAACAGCAUCACCGAGAUCAGCGACAACGAGGACGAUCUGCUGGAGUACCACCGGCGGCAGCGCGAGGAGCGGAUGCGGGAGCAGGAGAUGGAGCGCCUGGAGCGGCAGCGCCUGGAGACCAUCCUGAACCUCUGUGCUGAGUACACCAAGACAGACGGCUCUGAGCUGCUGCCUGGUCAUACGGAUGCUGGCCGGCGGGCACCAAGGGGCACAGCAGGGCUGGGCCGUGCUGCAGAGGAGCUGGGUGUGCUGCGGCAGAGGGAGAGCCUGGAGAGGUCGGAUGAAGAGAACCUGAAGGAAGAGUGCAGCAGCACCGAGAGCACACACCACGAGCACGAGGAACUGGCGGGCCCACGCGCCAAGGAGGCACAGCGGCUGGAAGAGGAGCGAGCCUGCGUGUUCGGCCGCCUGGAUGAGCUGAAAGGCCGUGUCAAGGAGCUGGAGCAGCAGCUGCAGGAGACAUCGCGAGAGGCAGAGAUGGAGAGGGCACUGCUGCAGGGCGAGCGGGAGUCAGAGGUGGCACGGCUGCAGCAGGAGCAGGAGGUGGUGCAGCAGCUGCAGGAGAAGCUCUCCGGCCUGGACGCCAGCAUCCGGAAGGAGCGGGACAAGGAAGCAGAGGCCCUGGAGACGGAAACCAAGCUCUUUGAGGACCUGGAGUUCCAGCAGCUGGAAAGGGAGAGCCGGCUGGAAGAGGAGCGUGAGACGCGGAGCCAGCAGCUCCUGCAGAGCAGGGCUGAGUACCACCGCAGCAUCGCCCGCAGGAAGGAGCGGGUGGCUGCACUGGAUGCUCAGGCUGCCCAGAUCCGGCUGCAAAGUGCCCAGGAGGCUGAACGCCUGGCCCAGGAGAGGAACGAUGUCCUGCGGCUCCUCCAGAAGGAGAAGGAGAAGCUUGCAUCUCUGGAGAGACGGUACCAGCUUGUCACAGGUGGCAGGAGCUUCCCAAAGAUGUCCUCAGCUCUCAAAGAGAUGGAGAAGCAGCUUCCAGGGGGCCCACUAUGGCUCCCGGCUCUUGAUUUAGAGAAGUGGUACCAGGAGGUCAUGGCUGGCUUUGAGACCUCAUCUCCUGUCUCUCCUCCUUCUUCCCCUCCUCCACUUCCAGCUAAAGCUUACUCUUCUCAAAAGCCUCUCCAGGUCUAUCGUGCCAAAAUGGAGGGUGACACUGGUGCCCUCACCCCUCGGAUGAAGAGUGGCACCCCGUCAUCCUCACAGCUCAACAUCUCCGUGCUGGGCCGCAGCCCCUCACCCAAGGGUCCCCUGCAUGCCCCGAGCCAUGCAGGCAGCCUGCCACGCAACCUGGCAGCCACACUGCAGGACAUCGAGACCAAACGCCAGCUGGCCCUGCAGCAGAAGGGUCAGCAGGUGAUUGAGGAGCAGAAGCGGCGCCUGGCAGAGCUGAAGCAGAAAGCAGCGGCCGAGGCUCAGUCGCAGUGGGAAGCCUUGCACGGGCAGCCCCCCUUCCCCCAAUCCUACCCUCCGCUCAUGCAUCACUCCAUCCUCCAUCACCACCACGCCCACGUUGCGGGCCCACGGGCCGAGGAGCUGGACCACGCAUAUGACACCCUCAGCCUGGAGAGCUCGGACAGCAUGGAGACCAGCAUCUCCACAGGCAACAACUCAGCCUGCUCACCUGAUAACAUGUCCAGUGCAAGCGGGAUGGACGCAGGGAAGAUAGAGGAGAUGGAAAAGAUGCUGAAGGAGGCACAUGCCGAGAAGUCCCGGCUCAUGGAGUCCCGGGAGCGGGAGAUGGAGCUGCGCCGGCAGGCACUGGAGGACGAGCGCCGGCGCCGGGAGCAGUUGGAGCGCCGGCUGCAGGAUGAGACGGCCCGCCGGCAGAAGCUGGUCGAGAAGGAGGUCAAGCUGCGGGAGAAACAUUUCUCACAGGCUCGGCCUCUGACGCGGUACCUCCCCAUCCGUAAGGAGGAUUUUGACCUGCGGCUGCACAUCGAGUCCUCGGGGCACAGCGUGGACACGUGCUAUCACGUCAUUCUGACAGAGAAGAUGUGCAAGGGCUACCUGGUCAAGAUGGGAGGCAAGAUCAAAUCUUGGAAGAAGCGCUGGUUCGUCUUUGACCGCAUGAAGCGCACCGUCUCCUACUACGUGGAUAAACACGAGACAAAGCUGAAAGGUGUCAUCUACUUCCAAGCCAUCGAAGAGGUGUACUACGACCACCUCCGGAGCGCCGCUAAGAGCCCCAACCCCGCGCUGACGUUCUGCGUGAAGACCCACGACCGCCUCUACUUCAUGGUGGCCCCGUCGGCCGAGGCCAUGCGCAUCUGGAUGGACGUCAUUGUCACGGGGGCCGAGGGAUACACGCAGUUCAUGAACUGAGGGCCGGGCUGGGCGAAGCCGGGCGGCACAGAGCUCUGCGGGCGCGGCCACGGGCGGGUUUUUUGUUUUUUAUGUUAACUUUUUAAAAACAAUUU